GUUUUUCCUCUCACUUCUCCUGCGGCUCUGGAGCUGGAAAAAUGCUCUCUUUUCCUAUUCUGAACAAAGAAAUUUGUUUUUCUUAAAUCAAAGACAAAGAUCCUACCGGUCACAAUGAGGGCCUUUAUUUUCCUGGUUCUUCUGGGAAUACACGGCGCGGCAGCAGUGAGUCACUCUCUGAAGUAUUUCUAUACUGAGUCCUCUCAAGUCCCAAACUUCCCAGAGUUUGUGACUGUUGGUUUGGUUGAUGAAGUUCAGAUGAUUUACUGUGACAGCAACACCAGGAAAGCAGAGCCCAAACAGGACUGGAUGAAGAAAGUCACAGAGGAUGAUCCACAGUACUGGGAGGAGAGCACUGUGAUCUGUAUGGGUAACCAGCAGACCUUCAAAGGCAACACUGAUACUCUAAAGCUGCGCUUCAACCAAACUGGAGGUGUCCACACUUACCAGAGGAUGUACGGCUGUGAAUGGGAUGAUGAGACUGGUGAGGUUAAAGGUUAUGAUCAGCAUGGUUAUGAUGGAGAGGACUUCAUAUCAUUGGACCUGGGGACGCAGACAUGGAUCGCUCCAACACCACAGGCUGUCAUCACCAAACAGAAGUGGGACAGUAACAAAGCUUAUGUCACACAGUUGAAGAACUACUUCACCCAGAUUUGUCCUGAGUGGGUGGAGAAGUAUGUGAACUAUGGGAGGAGCUCUCUGCUGAGAACAGCCCUUCCCUCAGUGUCUCUCCUCCAGAAGACUCCCUCCUCUCCAGUCAGCUGCCACGCUACAGGUUUCUACCCUGACAGAGCCGUGAUGUUCUGGAGGAAAGAUGGAGAGGAGCUUCAUGAGGACGUGGAGCAUGGAGAGAUCCUCCCCAACCAUGAUGGAACCUUCCAGAUGAGUGUUGGCCUUCCAUCACCUGAAGACUGGGGGAGGUAUGAAUGUGUGUUUCAGCUCUCUGGUGUGAAGGAGGACAUCGUCACCAAACUGGACAAAGCAGAGAUCAGGACCAAUGAAAAGAAUCCCAUGAUCAUCAUCAUCAUCGCUGCAGUGGUCAUUCUUGUUCUCGUCAUUGCCGCUGCCGCUGGAUUCAUCGUGUACAAAAAGAAAAAUGCCAAACGCCCUCCAUCUCCUGUGAGCAACCCGGAGGUUAUGGAGCAGCUGAAUCCAAGUAUCUAAAUGA